AUGAUUUAUUUUCAGUAAUCAUGUUUAGAAGAAAAAAAGUAGGAUAUGCCGAAGAAUUAAGCAUCCCUCCAAAGUCCUAAAUAGUUGGAAGAUACUCUAGAACGCAUAAAGGAAUUUCGAGAAGAAUUUAUGGCUUCAUUGCAAGAAUACUUAACAAUUAGACUGUCUAAUGAUGAUUAAGACCCUUGUGAAGAGGUGAUCUAAAUCAUUAAAAACCUAUGUAUCAAACUUGUAGAUAAACCUCUCUGGAAUUUCAAGGAAUUAGCUGCUGAGCUCGAAUUGCAGCUGGAGGGACACAUAGACGAUUAUACCGUGUUUAAUUAAGUCAAAUAAUUGAUUUCCAGUUUGAAUGCCCAAUACUCAAACAAGUUUAAUUAAAUAAGUUCUUGUUAUUUAAAGAGUAUAUAAAGUGAAAAGGCCAUCCCGAAGCAACAAAUAAAGAGAAUAUGUCAUUAUGAUGAAGUUUAAGAGUUGAUACCAAAUACACGGGAUAGAGUGGAGGAAAUAAACCAACAUCUUUUAUCAUUUAUCCAUCAUGACAGCCUACUACAGGUGGAUCCGUGGUGUUGUCCAUUCUAAUCUUCAUUUGGGGUAACUUUAACAGAUCAAGAUAUUUCAUAUUAGGCUAAAAAGUUGAAUGUUGACAUAAUUUUGAUUGAUACUUUUGGAAUCAACUGUUUCUUCUGUUCCCAAAUUAUGAGACAAUUUUACCCCAGUUGUCAUCAUCGAUCAAUAUCAACAAAGGGAAUUUAUAGCAAGUAAUGUCGAAUUUAUUUUGGAUAGGCUUUAUCAAACAUAUACGAUGUAUCCAAUAUCCUUGUGGAUUGGCCUAACAUACUCACAUUGAAGGGGAAAGGAGUGGUCUGUUGUAACUUCGAUGGGUUUGUAACCAAUGAAUUUAUCAACUUUUAUUUUGGAGAAGUUUACACUCCUCAGAGAUGGUUUGAGAAGUAGACAGUUUUCAAUAAGAGAAUGUAGGAUGGAAAUAGAAAAUCGGGUUUCUAAAGUCCGUAUGCAGAAUUCCACAUCAAUGAUGAACUCUUAUUUAUUGAUCCAACUAGGUAUGGAAAUAUCGCAUUACACAUUUCAUAUUCUUGUGAUCCAAAUUGUAAAUUUGUAACUGUUUAAAUCAACUCUUCCUAUUAACUUGCUAUUUUUACAUUGAAAAAAAUUAAUUAUCUAGAGGAGUUGACUCUCCCCUUCCCAUCCACAUCAAAUGACUUGUGUCUGUGUGGGUCCAUCUACUGCAAAAGACUCUCACAAUUAGAAGCAUUCAAUAAUCGACUAACUCAAAAUUACCCUAAUUAUAUUCAAAGAAAUGCCUUACUAUUAUAAUCAACUAUUUUUGGAAAAAUCAAUAAUUAAACCACAAUUCCUGAUUGGUUGAGUAACUGGGAGAAACUGAACUCAGCCUAAGAUCAAAUCAACAUCCUGACAUGUGUGGAUAAAGUUAAAUUUGUACUUAAUACGUUGAAUGUCACUACUCCACCAUUAUAUCUGGUUUUUGAUACCUUUGAUGUAUUUUGGAAGAAUUAUGACAAUAACAAACCUAAGAAUGAACUGAAAUAAUCCAUUUUCAAUGAAGUCAAAACAAUGUUGAUGAGACAUUCAGAUAGGAAAGAAUGUCAAGAAGGAUUGGAAAUCUUACAAUUAAUGAAAUCCAUAAUAGAAAGUAAAGAUCAAUAUAAAAUGUAAUUGACAAGACUCCUAUUGCUUGUAUUAAGCGAAUUAUUGUUGAAGAUGGAGUCAGCUCCCUUUCAUAACGAAGGUUUAUCUACAAUAUUAUAUUUUAUGUCAUUCACUCAUACAUACUUCUCAUCAACUUAAUAUGAGGGAUUCAAUGGCAAACCUUUUGAAGAAAAUGAGUUUGAAUACAUCCCAUAACCAAAAAAUAAGUAGAAAUUAGCCUUGUCUAAAAUGUACACUCCCUAAUACAUAUGGGGUCAAUUAAUCAAUUGGAAUAAGCAAACUCUCCAAAAUCCUUAAUCUUCUAUGGCUCAAGAAAGAAGAGGAGUCCUGUGUUACCCUUCUUUAAUACUGUCUUUUGACAAUAAACAUAAAUUAUUUCCUUAUUAAUGCAAAACAAGGGAAAAAUUUCUAGAGUACUUCUACACUAAAAGUGAUAUCCAACCUGAUCUAUCUAUUUGGUCAUACAAAAAUUAAUAUAAUGUCUAUGGAACAAUAUUUUUCGAACAAUGUUUUUCAUAAUAAAUAGUGGGAGAACAAUUCAUUACUGAGAUUUCAAAGUGUGGUCUAGGAUCCUUCUUAAACAAGUUUAAAUUUUGGUUAUAAAUUGAAAGUAGAUUCAAACAGGAUAAUCAAAUGAUAGAAUACUUAAAUUUCAUAUAUGAAAAAUAUUUUGUAAAUAUCAACAAUUAAUUACGUAAAUUCAAUUCAAAUUCUGAAUGCACAGAAUAAGUAGCCAAAAAGAUAAAAUAAAAUAAUCACUCAACCAUCAUUGAUGAAACAUAAUAAGGAUAAUUUUGA